CGCUGGCGCUGCGUCUUCCUGUUUCUUCAUGUAAACUUGCCGAGAUUCUGCACGCAAGGCGCCAAACACUGCCGGCGAAUCGCUACAUAUCAAGCCCAGCUGCAGACUUCUGGGGGGUAACCGGAAACCCUGGAUUUCUUGUUUGAUUGGAUAUGAUUGUGUUAAUGGGUUGUCGCGUAUGUGUUCUAUGUGACAUAAAUCCCUUCCCCAUGUCCUUUAUCCCAAACCAAGUCCCGCAGCCGCCCGGUGUUUGCAGAGAAUGUGCAGUGAAACAAUCAUGCAUUCUUGUAUGCGCUGAUCGACAGUUUGCGAGGACCAAUCGUUGAUCUGAGAUAGAAGGAGUUCUUGUGAUAUGCUGGGUGGAGGGACAGGGUUAAUAUGUCCCUCCCAUGUCUUUUCUACUUGUCCCACAUAGAGCACACUUGCUUUCUUCUCCCCUCUGACAGUAGAUAGGGUUGGGAGUGUAGCAGCAGAUUGAGGAAUAAAAACAUAUUGUCUCCCGCUUCCCAUCUUUCCACUUUCAAAUAUUCCUCUACUCCUUCCAACUUCCCGUUUCCUGCUUUAGUUUUUGUUGCUUGUUUUGUUUUUACCUUCAUUCAUCCUGUUGGCAGCUGUGCUUGUCUAGGCUGUGCCUUAUCUGUUUCUUUGAUCUCUCCUUUCAUUAAUCUAUCUAACCAUAGAUUUAUUUCCCCCCACUAUUCUUUCAUAAAACUUUCAUAUAUAACUAGAUCAACUACUGCAAAGCCAUCUACGCUUUCUUCGAGCGGUUUGAUGGUUGACAGCUGAAUCGAGAACUUAUCUCAACUCAGUGCAUCCCACCCUUCAUUCCAUACAUCUCUAUCCUAUCGAGGCAAGGUGUGAAUCAUUUCCUACCUCCAUUCCACUCAUUUCAUCGCCGUCAAUAAAAAAAAUGACACCUCCACUAUCGCUUGUGGAUUCCCACAACGGCUCUCACGCUACAACCCUAGCCGCCUCCGACGAAGAUGAAUCCGCCUAUCUGCGCCGCGCCAAAAUCUUCCAUUGGGCCCGCAUCUCCAUCUCCGGCCUCAUCUUCGCCAUAGCCGUAACUGUCAUCGGCUGCGAAGUCCGCUCUCUCCGCUUCUACCAGCAAACCAACCCGUUCAAGAACUGGGGUCUCGUCCUGUGGCCUGAGAAGCUUGAUCUGCGUCCCACCACGGCCCUGAUUGCCUGUGGAAGCAUCAUCGCCUUGCUCACCCUGGCCUAUCUCAUUUUUUCGUUCCUCCCAUCUCCCCACGCCCGCAUAGUCCUCCUAAACUCCCUUAUAACCAUAGUCGCCCUCGGCGGCCUCAUCGCCGCCAUCGCCGCCAUCGCCUUCACCACCACCAUCACCGACCCUCGAGUGAACAACGGCGACAGCGUCGGCGAAACCAUCCGCACCUGGACGUGCAAAUGGGGGUACGCGGAAGGGCUUGACGAGGAUGGUAAACCCGUCGACGCCACGGAUGAAUUUGGCAGACUGUGCAGGGAGACGCAUGCGUCGUUUGCGCUUAUGUGUGUUCUGAUUGUGCUUGAAGCUGUGUUGGGAGUAGCGGCGUUGUUAGGGUGGUGGAUGGAGUUUGGAAUGGAGCGGAAGAGAGGGGUUGUAGUUGGGGUGGAGGCAGGGAUGAUGGGGCGGGGCAACCGGAGUAGGGAUGAUGAUGGGAAGGAUUCUUUAUUUUAAGGGGGUUUAGUGAUGGGAUGGCUUUUGAUAAAGUGUGUUUGUAUUGGGCAUUGGAGAGGUGCUUAUCCUGGCCUGGGCCUGCUCAACGUGGUAAUAUUUCCGUUGUUUUCUUUUUCUUUUGGUUGGGUGGAGUUUUUUUUGGCUUAUGAUCAUGCUUUAUGUAGGCUAGCUUUAUGGCUUUCUUUUUUCUCCCCUUCGCUUUACUAGUUCUGUGCUUGCCUUAUAAUUCAUCAUUUUCUGCGUAGGAACGUGGACAUCUACUGUAACUCUCCGUUUUAUAUCCAUCAUUUUUCAACUAUAAAGGUAAAAUGGGCAACAACGGGCUUGGCGCUUGGCGAAG